AUGGCGUCCGCCGACCCUGUGCAGCUGAUCCGCCGGAAACCAAUCUACGAUGUCUCCUCCAGCGAACCCAGCACACGCGACAUCAGCGCUACAACUCCUGCACCCGCCAGUGGCAUAACCGACAAGCCCCAAGAACAGGAACAGCCCUCCGACUCCGACUCGAAGCCAACCCGGCGCAACUCUCCCACCACUCGGCUCGCAGCGCAGAUUAAAGAGAGCCGCCUAUUCCUUCACUCAAAAGCGGUCGCAGCUGAAGAUGCCGUCAACAACGGCAUGUCACGCUUCAUGGCCGCCGAGCACAGCUUCACUUCGACCAUUGCCUCGCUUGCACCACCCAAAGAAUCCAAUGAGAAACUCUUGCCAGGCGGCAUAUACGUCCUAGUAGCGGCCAUGGCUGGCAGCAUCAUCAGCCGGAAUCGCAACAUCCUACUACGUUUCGCGACUCCACUCGCCACAGGUGUGACGGCUGCACAUUACGUCGUCCCACGCACGACGCAGAAUGUGGGCAAUUUGGUCUGGAGUUACGAGGAGAAGUUUCCCGUUGUGAGGGACAACCACCUAAGAAUCAGCGAGGGUGUGAGGMACUUCAUCGAAACGGGCAAGGCACAUAGUCAGAUGGGAUACUACAAGGCCGAAGAGAAAGUUGUAGAGGCAAAGGAGAGCGUCCUGGACUUUGUACGCAAAGGGUGGUGA